UUUGUUUUCAACACUAUAUAUUAAAAUUUAUCAUCGUAUUCCCUCCCGUUUUGUUUCAGCGGCAAAUUCACUUUUAUUCACAAACAAAUAUUGGGGCAAAAAAAAAAAAAAAAGGAGAUUGCAUAGAUAAUUUAACCGGCGGCAAUGUCCGGCGACGGCAGUGACGAAACCGACGAUCCCGAUUACCAGAGAUUCCUCCAUCAAUUCGCCAACGCCGCUACCGGCGGCGGUAUAAGUUCCUUUAUCCAAUUUUUACAGGAAGAGGCAGGCGACGAAGAGGAAGACGAAGAGUACGAACCUGAUGAUGGCGAAGAUGAGGAUGAUGAUGAAGAGGAAGAGGAGGAGGUUAGUGGAAGGACGACGUUACGUAGGGUUUUAUACGGACAUCGAGAUCAUGUAAGUAGUAUUAAUAAUAAUUCUGUUAAUUUGGAGAAUUCUGAGAAUUCUGUUGUGGAAAGUGGAGAUGUUGUUAUUGCUACGAUGAGGAAUGGUAAAGGCGGUGAAGAGGAGGCAUUUCGAGGUGGUGAGAAGGAAGGAGGAGGUGGAGGUGAUGAAGGAGAGGAGUGGAAUAGAAGUGAAAUUGAUGGAUUGUUUUGUACUAUAUGCAUGGAAGCUUGGACUAAUGAUGGUGAUCAUCAAAUCUGCUGUCUUCCUUGUGGGCAUCUAUAUGGUCUGUCGUGUAUCAAAAAGUGGUUGCUACAAAAAGGAAGUUCAGCAAAGUGCCCUCAAUGUAAUAAGAAAUGCACACUGAAGGGUAUCCGAGUACUUUAUGCUUCUCAACUUCAUGCUGUUGAUGAAAAGCUUCAAAAGAAAAUUCGGUCUCUUGAAGCUAGAUGUUUUUCUCUUGAAAAAGAGUGCACUGAUUGGUGUAAGAAAGAAAUUGAGUGGAGGAGGAGAGAAGCUGAGUUGCAUCAGCAAGUGGAGCACCUCAAAGAGAGAAAAAUCGAGCGCUCGCCAAUUGAAAUGCAAACUAGGUCAUCUGGACACUUUUUUGGACGCAAUAUCGACUCUAAAUCUGAAAGAUGCGUAUAUGCGAAUGUUCUUCUUUUACAGAAAGAGUUUCAGAUUGAUGGUGCUCGCCUAUUUGAUGUGGACAGCAAUGGCGAUAAUUUGAUAAUUGCCAGAAGACUCUCUGGAAUGGGAGGACAGCAUAUGCUUACCAAAAUCAGUCUGUUGCCUCCGCAUGAAAGAGAAGACAUUCUGCUUCCUAUGAGCAUGAAAAUUAUCAAGGACUUGCAUGUUUCUCCUCAUGAAAGAGUCAUACUCUUGGCUUCCUUAGGGAAGAAGUUGUCAGUUCUUAGUGCUGAAAACAACCAUGCUGUUCUGACAUAUGACUUACCGACUGCUCCUUGGUCAUGUGCGUGGGAUGUCAACAAUCCGCAUUACAUGUAUGCUGGAUUACAGAAUGGCAUGGUUUUGCAGUUUGAUCGACGUCAAACUAUGAGGCCAGUGGAAUCUCUGACUGGGUUGACAGGAAAUCCUGUUCAUACUGUGUGUUCCCUUUCAGCUGACCCCACACUUGGUGCUGGAGUUAGAAGUGUUCUUUCUGCAUCUUCAGUAGGCUUGUGCCACUGGAACUUUGCUAGCAGUGACGAAAGGCCGUGCUUGAUCCCUGAGUCGGAGAAUCAAGGAAUCUGCAUAUCUCUCGCUUGUGGAGAUAUAAAUGAUGACAUAGUUGCCACUUUCCGUCCUAGACUGGAGAUUUCUGGUGACAUGGUUGGUUCUCAAGUAUUGCCUACUCCAGGUCCUACCAUGGAGCCAACAGUAGAGGGUUCACAUGUUCUUUACAGGAGAGUUGGUAGCAGAUACCAGAAGUUAGGAGCUUCUUGUGCCAGAGUGAGUGGCAUCCGACUUCCGAAAACUGCUAUAAUUGAUGGAGGAAAUAAUAAUGCCAUGUUUGCUUCCGGUGAUGAAGCAACACUGGAACUGGUCUUACAAGAUUUGCCAUCUUUAAAUGUGUGUCAGCGCAUUAAAUCUCUCAAUGGCCCUAUUCGUGACGUGAGGUAUGCACGCCUCCAAAAUUCAGGACUGCUCGGUUGUUUGAGUGAGGAUAGGUUGCAGCUUUGCACACAUAAGCUCCAAUGAGGAAAGGUGGCCUCGAAGACUCUAUAAAUCGCCAGUAUGUUGGAUGCUUCGUGUGACCAAAUUUUCGACUGGAUAGUUUAGCAUCUAAUGCUGUAGAAAUAGUGUCUUUCUCUUUCGUAGCUUUAGGACCCUACUGGGAACUGAGGUCAGAGAGCUUAGGCAAGUUGUAAAAAUGGCUAUUUAAUAAGGAGUGUAAAGUUCUAUACAACUGUUAAGUGUGUGUAAUAAAACUUAAGGUAAGCUUGACCUGCAAAGGUAAAUCUUUUUAUCAAGUUUCAUAGAGUAAAAACUAGUUUUAGAUGGAGAAA